AUUAUCCCUGUACGCUGCUUCUCCUGCGGAAAGGUGGUGGGCGACAAGUGGACUGCGUAUCUGGAUCUAUUGGCCAAGGAUAUCAGCGAGGGUGAUGCGCUUGACCAACUCCAGCUCAAGCGCUACUGUUGUCGCCGCAUGGUCCUCACACAUGUCGACCUCAUAGAGAAGCUCCUCCAUUACAAUCGUGCGUCGUCCUCUUCUCGCCUCCUGCCCCCGCGCUCACCCCCUUCUCCUAGCGAAUGA